CCUCAUAGCUAGAUUUACCAAUUGGUUCACCCUCUGCCAAUAGCCACUUGAAGAGGCAGGAACAGUCUGAGCAAGAAUGGAGAAAACUAUUAAGGAUCACCUGAUUGACAUUUUUGAUGAUCUGGGGCAGGACAACCAAAAGAAAUUUAAAAACAAAUUGUGCGAUCGAAGUAAAGAACCGCGCGUCCGCCGCGGUAAGAUCGAAAAGGCCAAAGACUCCUUGGAUCUCGCAGAUCUAAUGGUGAUCACUUUUACAUCGAAAGACGUGGUCUCUGUAUCACUGGAAAUUUUAGAAGCAAUAGGCUGCAAUGAACAAGCAAAGGAACUCAGAGAGGUCACAGGGCACACAGAUACAUGUGGCAGCGUUCAUGACCCGACAGCACGGCCAAGGCCUCCAUCUAAUGACAAACACUUCAUUGACAGCAAUCGGAAAGAGCUGAUACAACGAGUUAAUAACAUAGACGCCAUCCUAGAUGAACUUUAUGAAAAGGAAAUCAUCGAAAAGGAGGAAUACAAUUUAAUCCGUGCUGAGAAAACCCCACAAAGCAAGAUGAGAGCGUUAUUUGACGGCCCCAUCAACUCUGCUGGCACUGCAGGGAAAGAUGCCUUAUACGAAGUUCUUAUGAAAUUACAGUUCCACUUAAUGAAAGACCUUGGGGCUAAGUGAAAAUCCUGUCAGCCUGAAUAUUUUUUUUUAUAGUUUUAUUUACUUUUGUCCCCUGUAAUGGAUACAUUAUACAAAAAAUACCUUACAAUUACAAUAACUGUUAACAAAAGCUGUUCAAACAUACAGUGCACUACCAUAUAAACAGUGAUGCCGUCUUUUCAAAACUUUUUAUCACACACUGCAAAACUUGGCUAGGUUCACUGGACCAAAGUCUCUUCUUUAUUGGUUUUUUUCAAGCACAACCUGUAUCAUAGAUUAGUUACAAAAUCAGGUACAUCAAAAAGCUUGCUUGUUGGACCAAAAUUGUGUUUAGACAUUUAAGCCCAGGGAUGCAUGCUACUCACCUUUCAGCUAAAGUCACCUUUUUUGAAGCCUAAAUUGUUCGGUAAAUUUUAUAUAUUUUUUUUAUUAUUAUUAUUUAAUUGAAAAGGUUACUUUAAGCUGAAACACUUAAAGCUUAAAAUGCAAAAAAUAAAACAAAUUAAAAUAGCUUUAAAUACAACAAACAAAUCAACUAAAAAAAUAUAUAUAUAUAUAUAUCUAGAACACCUGCUAUGACUUUCUCACCUUUUUUCGCAUCUCAUGAGUUUGCACCCCUGUAAACCAUUUUAACCGAGGAUUACAAACACUUGACCAAUGUCUUAAAAUAUUGUCUUAGCUUGUUUAUCAUUAGUCAAUAAAUAAGCAAAUCAAGAAAGCCAGGUGUUCUCUAUUCUUCUUCCCAUUACCAUUUUGGUUUCUUCAAAAUAAUGAAAUUCACAGUUAAAGCUUUGAAAUUUGUUUUAAGACUCUCAAAUUAUCUAUAUUUAUGAUACCUGAUUCAACUUUGCAUAUAUAUGCAAAAAUAAUGCAAUAUAUACAGUAGUGGCCAGAAAUAGUGGCAGCCUUGGUAAAUAUGAGCAAAGAAGGCUGUGAAAAAAAUAAAAUAUGCAUUGUUUAGCCUUUUGAUCUUUCAUUCAAAAAUACACAAAAAUCUGACCUUUAAUUGAAGUAAAACAAUUGAAACAGGGGAAAUAUCUCAUUAUUAAAUAAAUAUUUUUCUCCAAAA